GAUGCGCGCGAUCCAAGAGGUUCCAGAUUUCUCCGGAUCCUGGUCUCCUUCAGGUCCUCGCGCUCUCAUACGGUUCACAUGAGGGAGUUUUAUGCUUCUGCGAUAUUUUUAAAAUCCUCGUGCGUCCCCACGUCCAUCUUCUUCCUCUUCUUCACCAUCUCUUUUCUCGAGGGGAAUGUAGAUGGGAUGUAACUCUAGCCUGAGAUCCAGGCGUGAUCUAAUCCGUCUGAAGCAUGUGGAGCUUAUAACGCGUUAUAAUGCAGCCUAUUCACAUCAUGCAACUUGAUAUAAUGGAGUUUUUUCCCUGAGUAUGUUUCCUACUGCACCAAAUGGAGAAGCUUGUCCACUCUCACCUUCUUCUCCGUCUUCUUCUUCUUGAGGAACACUACGGGAUUUUGACUUUUUUGGAUUUCUGAUUUUUUUUAAAGGGCGGAUUCGUAGUUUUUUUUGUUGUUUUUGUGCUCGGAGUGAAGGAUAUGGGCUGCUGCUUUAUCGGAUUCUUCAGCAAAAUGCUUUUAGGAUCGGACCGGAUGGAGGAGAAUCGAGCAGCAGGAGAAAAUCCGACAUGUGAGGAAAUCGAGCUGCUCUGACCCUAACCGAGCUCCUGUGCCGAGCUGACAUUACUGAUUCACGACGUCUGAACCCUCUUUACAAUGGAAAAGCUGCUCGUCUGCCUGUUGGUCAUUGGAAUGGCAGUGAAGGCCCAGAUCUGUCCGAAGCGCUGCAUCUGCCAGAUUUUAUCUCCUAACCUCGCAACCCUCUGUGCCAAAAAAGGGCUUCUGUUUGUGCCGCCCAACAUCGACCGGCACACGGUGGAGCUACGGCUUGCAGACAACUUUAUAACCAGCGUCAAGAGGAAAGACUUUGCCAACAUGACUAGGCUAGUGGACCUCACCUUGUCCAGGAAUACGAUAAGUUUCAUCACGCCUCACGCCUUCGCGGACUUGGAAAACCUUCGCGCCUUGCACUUGAACCAUAACAGGCUGACUCGGAUAGGGAACGACACGUUUAGUGGCAUGUCCAAGCUGCACCAUUUAAUUCUCAACAACAAUCAGUUGACUCACAUCCAUCUGGGGGCGUUUAAUGACCUUCUGGCUCUGGAGGAGCUGGAUUUGUCCUAUAACAACCUUGAAACCAUACCCUGGGAGGUGAUUCAGAGGAUGAUCAGCCUUCAUACACUCAGCUUGGACCACAACAUGAUUGAUUACAUUCCAGAAGGCACUUUUUCCUUGUUACAAAAACUCAACCGACUGGAUGUGACCUCCAACAAGCUUCAAAAGCUUCCACCAGAUCCUCUGUUCCAAAGGGCGCAGGUUCUGGCAACAUCUGGAGUGCUUAGUUCUUCAUGGUUUGCCCUCAGUUUUGGUGGAAAUCCUUUGCACUGUAAUUGCGAGCUGCUCUGGCUUCGUCGACUGAGUCGUGAGGACGAUCUGGAGACUUGUGCAACUCCACCGCACUUAUCUGGACGAUAUUUCUGGUCUAUUCCAGAGGAGGAGUUCCUGUGUGAGCCACCUCUUAUCACGAGACACUCUCAGGAGAUGAGAGUACUCGAGGGUCAACGUGUAACACUUCGAUGCAAAGCAAGAGGAGAUCCUGAACCUGUGAUCCACUGGAUAUCACCUGAUGGCAAGCUGGUCUCAAACUCCUCUCGUACCAUUGUUUACAACAACGGGACCUUGGAUAUCUUGAUCAGCACAGUGAAAGACACUGGAUCCUUCACUUGUAUCUCUUCUAACCCAGCCGGUGAAGCGCACCAAACCAUAGAACUUAUCAUUAUCAAGCUCCCCUACAUCAGCAACAGCACCAAUAACAUCCUGGAGCCGGAUCCGGGCUCCUCAGACAUCUCCACAUCCAGUAGAACUGGAGCCAAUGGAAGCAACCACACAGCAGACUCUAAAGCGAGCUCAGAUAAGCGUGUGGUGAUUGCAGAGGCCACGUCCUCCACAGCACUCAUUAAAUUUAACUUUCAAAGGAAUAUUCCUGGAAUUCGCAUGUUUCAGAUCCAGUACAACGGCACCUAUGAUGACUCUCUUGUUUACAGAAUGAUCCCACCGACGAGCAAAAACUUCCUGGUGAACAACCUGGCGGCUGGGACUCAGUACGAUCUGUGCGUCCUGGCCAUCUACGAUGACGCCAUCACGUCCCUCACGGCCACACGCGUCAUCGGUUGUGUUCAGUUUACCACCGAGUCCGAGUAUCUCCGCUGCCACUUCAUGCAGUCUCAGUUCCUUGGAGGAACCAUGAUCCUGAUCAUCGGCGGUGUCAUAGUGGCCUCCGUCCUUGUCUUUAUCAUCAUCCUCAUGAUUCGCUACAAGGUGUGCAUGAGCGGCAACCGCGCCAAGGGAACCGCCUCUGCAGGGGUGCAGCCUGAUGCCGCCGCCAGUCCCUCCGCAAAUAAAGAAGGCGCCGUGGCUCCCAAGGGUGGGGACGAGUGCCAGAAAACCUCCGCUCCUGGAUUCCCUGAUUCUCUCACUCAGUCAUCAGAGACUUCUCUUCCUGAUUGUUCUACCGAGACGUCUGUGGUGAGCCAGAGCUGGGACACGGGAGGAUCCUCGGGGUCCAUCAAGCCCAAACGAAGACCAGCGCCAAAGCCGGAGGAGAAGACUGAACCGGCGCUUGGCACUGACACACACAACACCAACCGCAACAACUCCAAAACACCGCUCCUGCGUUCCGUUCCUCCAUCAGGCCCCGCCCCGUUGUUGCCUUCUUGCUUCAGGGACACUCCCAUCCUGAGGAGGGCGCCGCCUCGUCCCUCCAUAUCCAAAUAUCUCACACUGCCGGUGGAGGGGACGCGAGCCGCACCACGCAGGUUCUCGCUAAACGAAGACUUAUCCACACACCACUGCUACAGCGUUAAGCCUGGGAACAUUCGGUGUAAGAGGAGUGUGUCUAUGAAUGGGAUGCUGGCUAGUGUGGAAAACUCGGAUAAAGGCGUGUAUUCCAGUUCAGAGUGGAUCCUCGAGAGCACAGUGUGAAUAACUAGCUAGUGUCCUUCAUUGUGUGUGUGUGUGUGUGUGUGUGUGUGUGUGUGUGUGUGUGUGUGUUAAUGAUUUUUUUUCAAAUUCACAUGAAUUCUCAUGAUCCAGUUGGUGUGUAAUGUUGACAAUUAUUAGAGGUUUCAGAUUUCAAACUUCAUAAAGCACCGUUUAUAAAAAUAACUCGCAUCACGUUCAUGCCAUAGAAUACUUACGAAUCGCACGCGCGUGUGUGUGUGUGUGUGUGUGUGAGUGUGUGUGUGUGUGUGUGCGUGUGUGUGUGCGUGUAUUUGCAUGUGAGUUUUUUUUCAUCUUGUUCUAACAAAAUUGUAUUGUUUAUUUUAUUAUUAUUUCAUUUUUUUUUUUUAAAUGUUUUUAAACUCAACUUCUCUGAAAGCUUGUGGAUAAGCAGGAUUCUCGCUUGCCUUGAGGAAAUUUCCUCUUUCUGCUCAUUGCGCUGACAAAAAAAAACACGUCAGUGCCUUCUUAAAAAAAAGAGAAAAGAAAAAGAAAAGAAAAGGAAAGAAAAGGAAGUGCUCCGGCUGAUCGAGGACCACAUGUGACCACACUGAGGAAUAUUUCACACAAAAAGCCUUUCUUAACCUUUCAUUAAAGGGAAUAACAUUUCCUGUGUGCAAGAGACACACACACACAAACACACACACACACACACACACACACACACGGUACUAAACACUCAAACAAACCGGACCUGUUAUUAAAGUGAUAUUUUUUAAAGAGAAAAAAUAAAAACAAAUCAAAGUUUUUUUUUCUUUUCAGUGACAUUGAUAUUGCCUUAAUUUGAAGGCAUGAAAUAAAAAAAAAAAAAA